GAAAAAUGAAAGACGAUCACUUUGUUACCACAAAUCAGUUAUCCUUUGUGGAUCAUCAUCCUCACAGACGUAGUCAUUGAGGAUUAGGUUUAUCAAAAUAACAAGGCAAUUCAGCAAGACUUAUCUGUAAGUCGUUCUGCCCAGAGGGAGCAUUCUCAGUCAAUGAAUCGGUACAAGAGUCCAAAUAUGCUAGAGAGAUAUAAAAUUGAUGGAAAUAUUGUCUGUGCAGGGGUUAGAAAUAUGAAUCCUAGUUUGUAUCAGAAGCCAAUGAGGAAAGGUUCAAAGAACAAGAGCUUCAAUCACCCAAGUCUCAAAUCAAAUUCGGUGUUUUAUGAAACUAGUCCAAAUAUGAGGGAUGAUGACAGUGAGAGGUACCUUACCACUUCUCAGCUGAUGCAUAAUCUUGGGAAGGUAAAGAAUAACCAAUCUGUGCUGUCUCAUCGGAUGUUUCAGGUAAAUGGGAAGAUAGCAGAGAGGAUUACUAGGAAGAAUAAUUGAAAUACCAAAAAUAUGUCUUCUUUCGAGUUUUCCCAUAACAGAAAGGGAAAUACAAAAUCUGAGGAGCCUACAAUUCAAAGAAAACCAACUUUUAAAAUUAGGGAAGUCACUCAAUUUGAUAAAGGUGCAAUGGAAAUUUGGGAGUUAAAAAAGUCGCCCAAGAACAAUGAGAAAAAGCAAGAGACUAAAGAAUCAGUUUCGAAUCUUAUGAAGACAGUCAAUAAAUUUCAAAAAUCUUUGGCUAGCAAAGCUCCUCCGUCUCAAAAGAGCUUUCCAGAGGAUAGAUUAAUCCCUGUUAAAAAGUCAGAGAACCCAACCAAAGAAAAUAAGGUUUCUCAUCAAGCUAGGCCAAUGACCAAAAUUGAGUCAACUAUUUUGAAUGAGAACAAGCAAAUUCAAAAUAAGAAUAUGGAUUUUAGAAGAUAUUCAAUGCAGAGCCCUACUUUCAACCCAGAUAAGCUCGACUUCCACCACAGAUCUCCACCCAAAAAUUUCGAAAAUCCUCCUGAUGAGACCAAUACAGUAUUCCUUGAUCUGUGUGACAAAGCAGGCUCUGAGGAUAGAUUUCCUGAAGAAGACCUCCAAGCUGCUGUGCUAAGUAACGCCUUCGAAAAGCAUCAAGAGAGGCAAGAGAAGGAGAGAUAUACCAGAUAUGUGACUAAUUUCAGAAAUGACAUGAAAAUCCCAAGCACACAGCCAAGCAAGUAUGAACUUCAGAAGGAAAUGCUGACCAACAAGCCUACUCCUCGGACGAAUGGGGUCACUCUUGAGUUCUCUGGCGAUCCAAGACAAAUAGUUCAUCAGAGUAAAUCAAAGAACCGGAACAUAUACAAAGAGCUAUGCUACAGAGAUAUAGUCAGCAGGCAGAACGCUAAUAUUCCUAAAGUAGACGCAGGGACGAUUCUGGAAAUCCACCCUGAUGAAAAAUUUACCAGAGUUAAAUAAAAUGUGUGAAGAUCAAAGGAAAAGUGGGAUUUUAGACCAAAUCAGGUCGAAUAAGCUCAAGAAAGAGUACGCAAUUGACCUGAAGAAAGCUGAGCAGCAGCAGUUCAAUAAGCACUGGGAUGAGGUAAAUAAAAGAGCCGCCAAAAUUGAGCGGAGUAAAUAAAAUGGCAGAGGUCAAUUUUAUGACUGAAGAAAGGCAUAAAUUAGAAGCCAAGAAGUUAAGAAGGUAUGCUGAGGAUCAAAUUGAAAAACAGCGUGCGAAGAGGGUUAACCAAAAAUUGGCCCAGAAGUAUAUGAGAGAAGGUAAUCGUUAUAGUCAGCAAAAGAAUGAAAUAAAAAUGGCUCUUGAAACUCAGAUGAGAGAGAAAAGGCAGAGAGCGGUCAAUGAAAAGAAUAAACAGAGAUUAGUCAUUAAUUCUUGAAGAAAGAACGUAAUUUCGACUCCUAGACAAGAGUCUUUAGCAACCAAUCGCUUCAAUACUAACCAGAGCGGAAUUCUACAUACCUCAAGGAUAGUUCUAUAAUUUCCAGUGGAAGAA